AUGUUGUGCUUCAAAUCACUGCCAUUUUGCCUUGUAACUGCAUAUCUAUUUUUUUCUUGCAUUCUCUUUUCAUUUUCACUUGGAGAACAGGCUCGUCUUCCUGCUACUUCAGGGUCAUUUGGGGAGAAAAAUAAUGGGAUGGUUUUUUCUUGGGGGAGAAUUGAAAGAUUUCUUGCUGAAUCCGAUGAGCGUCCGGUGAAUUCAACUCUUGUGUUGGCUGCAAAGAGGACUUAUAGAAAAGAUCCUCUAAAUAAUUUCGAGAAAUACAGAGGAGGCUGGAAUAUUAGUCAACCACAUUACUGGGCUUCUGUGGCUUUUACCGCUGCUCCAUUUUUUGUUAUCGCGGCAGCCUGGUUUUGGCUCUUCGCGUUAUGUUUAUUAAUCAUCUGUCUCCGCCACUGUUGCUGUCACAAGGAGCCUUAUGGCUAUUCUCGAAUUGCUUAUGCGCUCUCUCUAAUAUUACUCAUACUCUUCACUAUUGCUGCAAUCAUUGGAUGUGCUGUUUUGUACACUGGCCAGGGGAAAUAUCAUAGCAGCACAGCAAACACUUUGGAAUAUGUUGUACAUCAGGCAAAUUCCACAUCCGAGAAACUUAGGAAUGUAUCUGAAUAUCUAUCUGCAGCUAAGAAGGUCGGAGUGGAUCAAAUGUUUCUCCCUUCUAAUGUCCAAUCUGAUAUUGAUCGGAUUCAGACCAAGAUAAACUCUUCUGCUAGUACCCUUGCCACUACAACAGAAGAUAAUUCAAAUGACAUAAAAAAUCUGAUCGAUUCUGUGAGAUUGGCUCUAAUCAUACUGUCUGCCAUUAUGCUUAUCUUGACGUUUCUUGGAUUUGUGUUUUCACUUUUUGGCAUGCAAUUUAUUGUAUACAUCUUGGUGAUCUUAGGAUGGAUUCUUGUCACGGGAACUUUUAUAUUGUGUGGCAUUUUUCUUCUCCUCCAUAAUGUGACUGCAGACACUUGUGUAGCAAUGGAUCAAUGGGUCCAGAAUCCAACGGCUCAUACAGCUCUAGACGAUAUACUGCCGUGCAUGGACAAUGCCACGGCACGAGAAACUUUGACAAAAAGCAAGGAAGUCACUUCUCAACUUGCUAAUAUAAUGAACUUUGUUGUCAACAAUGUCUCCAAUAUCAAUUCCCCCCCGAACGUUCCAACUCUCUACUUCAAUCAAUCCGGCCCACUUCUACCGUCCCUUUGCAAUCCAUUUAAUUCUGAUCUGACUGAUCGAGCAUGUAAGCCGGGUGAAGUGGAUUUGGAAAAUGCAACACAGGUGUGGAAGAACUAUGUCUGUGACGUUUCACCGAAUGGCAUUUGUGUCACUACUGGUCGUCUGACUCCGACGUUCCACAGUCAGAUGGCCGCUGGUGUAAAUGUAAGCUUUGGCUUGUAUAGAUAUGGUCCUUUCCUCGUUGAUCUACAGGAUUGCACUUUUGUGAGACAAACAUUCACGGACAUAAGCCGAACAUAUUGUCCAGGCCUGAGACGAUACAGCAGUUGGAUUUAUGUUGGGCUAGUGAUGGUUGCUACUGCAGUUAUGCUCUCGCUACUUUUCUGGGUAAUAUACGGAAGAGAGAGAAAACACCGCGUUUAUACGAAAGAGCAUACACUCAGAUUCACCGAAGGCUAUGAAGGUGAUAAACCAUAG